CCUUGUGCUAUAAUCAAAGCUCUUCUUCAAACAACACUCAUUAUCGCACCGCUGAAUGGAAUCAUCAUCUUCAACAACAACAACAACAAACAAAUUCCAACAACAACAACAACAAUUCACUUGAAAAUCUCUUCUUCACUGAUAAGAAUCCACCAACACCAACAAAAGAGCAUAAAACGAUAGCAGAACGUCUCCGAAAUUUUCACCGAUCACCAGAUUUAGUAACAUUGUGGCAGCCCUUAGAUUCGCUCCAAAGUCAACCCUUAUCAAAUUAUAAUUCGUCGUCGCUCUCAUCUUUCGCUGACAUCAAGUCAAGUAGGUCAAGUGAUAACAAUUUAGUGUAUCGCUGCAGUCGUAGUCAAUCUCCACAUCAAAUCAAAGCUUCAAAAGCGAAUAGAAAAUCUGAUGACGAUUGCAUUAAUGUUAGUGGCAAUAACUGCCCUCUACCCUUGCCAACUACAGCGUGUGGUGCUGACCAAAGCAUUAAGUGUCUCCCCCAGCAGCCUUUAAACAACGAACAUAGUUUGUCCCUGAACUCAUCGUCGUCGUUGGUUGGUUUAAGCCUUAUCGAUUGUAAGCAGCUCUCGCCGAUCGAUAGCCGGAAGGUUGUUUCGUCGUUGACGACGCUAGAAAACUACAACAAUACUGGUGCAUUCACAGAAGUAGUUGCUGCCGAUGAGCCUAAGCGAAAGCGUGUUGUACUGCGUAGACGUGUUCGGAAGUCAUUACAACAUUCAGAAUCUAUCCUUGAAAAGCCACUGUUGUCACAAAAGUACCAGUACCAGCAGUCCCAACAGCAGCAACAGAACUUAACCGAAUAUGCUUGUCAGAAGUUAGACCAACUUUUUGGUGGUAGUUCGAAAGUUGCCGGAGUUACAUCCAGCACAUCCAGUAGUUCCCAUUCGUCGGCCACAGCAGCAGCAGCUGUCAACAGAAAUAGUGGAACCACCAUCAUCAUGGGAGUCCUUCGGUCGGUUAAAUUGAAGGAGCGUCUGGCAAUAAGCCUGGGUGCCACUCUUAUAUUAUUCACCCUGCUGCUGGUAAUAGACGUGCAGAUGGAUUUCGGUGUCACCAAUCGACACCUGAUGCCAUCGCAUGCAAAAGUUCGGUACGUCAACGAGGAAGACAGAAGCGGUGUAUUCCGAGAUUUCAAAAGGAAGUUCCUGCAAAAGAGUAAUUCAUCUGGUUCCAAAGAAGCAUCUACAACUAUAGUCGCUAAAAGUCAAGGAAAUUCAAAUGAAAAAAAUACUGUUACAACAACGAAAAAACCAUCGCCUCAUGAUCGAUUUGAAGAUUUGUUAAAAAUUUUAAGAGAUGGAGGUAGUAAAUAUUCAAAUGUCAUUGUUGACAGUCAUUUAGAAGAGGAUACAAUUAAUCCAACACUGGCUGAAGUUAUGGAUAUGAAAUUAAGCAAGAAUGCAUCGAACUUGGAAAAAUUCCAACUGGCGAUAUCAAAGAAAGAGCUUUAUCGUGAGAACGACACAGUUGUGGAUGCCGUCAUACGCGACAUGGCCAAUUUACCCAUUCACCACGUAUAUCAAAAAGACGGUGGAACUCAGUUAAAAUUAGUCAUCGAAUAUACGAAUGACAUCAAAUCCUUAAUGAAACCAAUGAGAUUCCCGAGGGAUCAACAGACCUUACCGAAUCACUUCUACUUUACGGAUUACGAGAGGCACAAUGCAGAGAUUGCUGCUUUCCACUUGGACAGGAUCAUGGGAUUCCGUCGUGCAAUGCCAGUAACCGGUCGCCUAUUAAACAUAACCACAGAUAUUUACCAGGUUGCUGAUGAUAAUUUAUUAAAGACAUUCUUCGUAUCUCCGUCCAACAAUUUAUGCUUCCAUGGAAAAUGCUCAUACUAUUGUGAUACAUCGCACGCCAUCUGUGGUAAUCCGGACACACUCGAGGGAUCUUUUGCCGCCUUUCUGCCAGCAUUCGAGCAAACGCAGCGAAAGGUUUGGAGACAUCCUUGGCGACGAUCCUAUCACAAAAGAAGGAAAGCCCAAUGGGAAACUGACGCUGACUACUGUACAAUGGUUCGGGACAUCCCACCAUAUGAUGAAGGCAGGCGUCUUUUGGAUUUAAUGGAUAUGUCAGUGUUUGACUUUCUAACAGGAAACAUGGACCGACAUCAUUAUGAAACAUUUAAAGUUUACGGAAAUGACACAUUUCCUUUACAUUUGGAUCAUGGUCGUGGAUUUGGUAAACCAUUUCAUGAUGAACUUACAAUUUUGGCACCAGUCCUGCAAUGCUGUUUAAUACGGACGACUACCCUUAAAAAGUUAUUGGAAUUCCACAAUGGACCCAAACACUUAUCCGAUAUAAUGCGUGAAACAAUGUCAACAGAUCCCAUCAAUCCUAUCCUAUGGGAUCCACAUUUAGUGGCGCUGGAUCGCCGCGUUGCAAUUAUCCUACAAGGAAUACGUGAUUGUUUAAAGAAAAAUCCUCCAGAAGAUCUUGAGAAUUCAUUGGAUGAUACAUCAUAGCGGUAAUCUAAUUAAAAACAAAAAAAAAAAAAUAAUAUAUAAUUAUUUCUAGUUAAAUCUAUUAUUUCUUCUUAAGUUAAAAUUUAAUAUUUAAUUUUAAUUAAAAAAACAAAAAAUUAAAAAAUAUAUUAAUAAAAAGAAAUAAAAUUCAAACAAAAAAUAUUCGUAAAGUUGUAAUAGGUGUAUAAAAACAAAAUAAAAAUAAACUAAAUGUUUUAAACGUUUAUAAUAUAAUUAAAUUAUUGAAAACUAUUCCUGAUUAAAUUUAAUUAAAAAAAUUAAACAAAAUAUCAAAACUAUUAAUGUUUCAAAAUGGAUAAUAAGACAUAAUUAUGAUACCAAAA